AUGCUGGUUCCACUGUUGCUGCAAUACCUUGAGACACUGUCAGGACUGGUGGACAGUAACCUCAACUGUGGGCCUGUGCUGACCUGGAUGGAGCUGGACAAUCAUGGCCGGAGGCUACUUCUCAGUGAGGAAGCCUCGCUCAACAUUCCUGCAGUGGCCGCUGCCCACGUGGUCAAACGAUAUACAGCCCAGGCACCAGAUGAGCUGUCCUUUGAGGUGGGGGACAUUGUCUCAGUGAUUGACAUGCCACCCACAGAGGAUCGGAGUUGGUGGCGGGGCAAGCGAGGUUUCCAGGUUGGUUUCUUUCCCAGCGAGUGUGUGGAGCUGUUCACAGAGCGCCCAGGUCCUGGGCUAAAGGCAGAUGCUGAUGGCCCCCCAGGUGGCAUCCCAGUUCCCCAGGGCGUGUCCUCUCUGACCUCAGCAGUGCCCCGGCCACGUGGGAAGCUGGCUGGCCUCCUCCGCACCUUCAUGCGUUCUCGCCCCUCACGACAACGGCUGCGACAGCGUGGGAUCCUGCGGCAGAGGGUGUUCGGCUGCGACCUGGGAGAGCACCUCAGCAACUCAGGCCAGGAUGUACCCCAGGUGCUGCGCUGCUGUUCAGAGUUUAUCGAGGCCCACGGAGUGGUCGAUGGAAUCUACCGGCUCUCGGGUGUGUCCUCCAACAUCCAGAGGCUGCGGCAUGAGUUUGACAGCGAGAGGAUCCCCGAGCUGUCCGGCCCUGCCUUCCUGCAGGACAUCCACAGUGUGUCCUCCCUCUGCAAGCUCUAUUUCCGGGAACUGCCGAACCCCUUGCUCACAUACCAGCUCUAUGGGAAGUUCAGUGAGGCCAUGUCAGUGCCCAGGGAGGAGGAGCGCAUGGUGCGGGUCCAUGACGUCAUCCAGCAGUUGCCCCCACCACACUACAGGACCCUAGAAUACCUGCUAAGACACCUGGCCCGCAUGGCGAAGCACAGUGCCAACACCAGCAUGCAUGCCCGCAACCUUGCCAUUGUCUGGGCUCCCAACCUGUUGCGAUCCAUGGAGCUGGAGUCAGUGGGCCUGGGUGGAGCCGCCGCCUUCCGGGAGGUUCGGGUGCAGUCUGUGGUGGUGGAGUUCCUGCUCACCCAUGUGGACGUCCUGUUCAGUGACACGUUUGCCUCAGCUGGACUGGACCCUGCAGGCCGCUGCCUCCUCCCCAGACCCAAGUCCCUCGCAGGCAGCGGCCCCUCAACUCGCCUGCUGACGCUGGAAGAGGCCCAGGCCCGCACGCAGGGCCGGCUGAGAACCCCAACUGAUUCCACAGCUUCCAAGGCCCCGGCCUCACCUGCAGACAGGAGGAAACGGGAGAGAGGAGGGAAGCAGCGGAAGCCCGGGGUCAGCAGCUGGAAGACUUUCUUUGCGCUGGGCCGAGGCCCUGGCGUCCCCCGAAUGAAGCCUCUCCCUUGGCUGGGGAGCACCCGCACCCCAUCGCAGCCUUCAGGCAGCCGAAAUGACACGGUCACACUGAGGUCUGCCAAGAGUGAGGAGUCUCUGUCAUCGCAGGCCAGUGGGGCUGGCUUCCAGAGGCUGCACAGGCUCCGAAGACCCCACUCGAGCAGCGAUGCUUUCCCUGUGGGUCCAGCGCCCGCGGGUUCCUGUGAGAGCCUGUCCACUUCCUCUUCAUCUUCCUCCUCAGAGUCGUCCUCUUCGUCCUCCUCAUCCUCAGCAGCUGGCCUGGGAGCACCCUCCGGGUCCCCCUCACACCGCACCUCGGCCUGGCUGGAUGAUGGGGAUGAGCUGGACUUCAGUCCACCCCGCUGCCUCGAGGGGCUCCGGGGGCUUGACUUUGAUCCCCUCACCUUCCGCUGCAGUAGCCCCACCCCAGGGGACCCCGCUCCCCCAGCCAGCCCAGCCCCUCCAGCCUCCGCUUCUGCCUUCCCACCCAAGGUUACCCCCCAGGCCCUCUCACCCCGCGGGCCGGCCAGCCCAGCCUCCCCUGCUGCCCUGGACAUCUCAGAGCCCCUGGCUGUCUCGGUGCCCCCUGCAGUGCUGGAGUUACUGGGGGCUGGAGGGACAUCUGCCUCGGUGACCCCGUCACCACCCCUGCCACCAGCCCUCAGCCCGGGCCCAAGUCUGCGACCCCACCUAAUCCCCAUGCUGCUGCGGGGAGCGGACACUCAGCUGAGCGACAACUGCCAACAGGAGAUCUGCAACAAGCUGGCCCUACCUGACCUCCGGGCGCCCCAGGCCCAGCUUGAUCCUGGGACAGAAUCUCCUCUGCUGCCCCCACCCUUGUCCCUACUGCGGUCUGGGGGGGCUCCGCCCCCACCCCCCAAGAACCCAGCACGCCUCAUGGCCCUGGCCCUGGCUGAGCGGGCUCAGCAAGUGGCCCAGAAACAGAGCCAACAGGAGCAUGGGGGUACACCCCCAGCUCCCCGCUCCCCUUUCCGACGCUCACUAUCCCUUGAGGUGGGUGGCGACUCCCCAGGGACCUCAGGGAGUGGGCUCUCCCCCAGCCUGGUAUCUCACCUUGGGGCCUGGGCCCCAGGACCCCCACCCUACCUACCAAGGCAGCAAAGCGAUGGGAGCCUGGUGAGAAGCCAGCAGCCCACAGGGCCCCCCCGGAGGGGCCUCAGAGGUGCUGCCCAGGCUCCUCCCCCGAGCUUCUUCUCCUCAACCCCCCGGGAGUGCAUGCCACCCUUUCUCAGGGUCCCCAAGCCAGGCCUGUACCCCCUGAGUGCUCCAUCCUUUCAGCCCAGUCCCCCCGCCCCCGUGUGGAGAAGCCCCUUGGCACCACUUGACAGGGGGGAAAACCUUUACUAUGAGAUUGGAGGUGGUGAAAGUGCUACCUACUCUGGCCCCACUCGGUCCUGGAGUCCCUUCCGCUCCAUGCCCCCCGACAGGCUCAAUGCCUCCUAUGGCAUGCUUGGCCAAUCACCGCCACUUACCAGAUCCCCCGAUUUUCUGCUCAGUUACCCACCACCACCCUCCUGCUUCCCACAUGACCACCUUAGCUACUCAGCCUCCCAGCACCCUGCUCAGCGUCCUAUGCGGUCUGAGCCCCUCUAUGUAAAUCUAGCUCUGGGGCCCAGGGGGACCUCACCUGCCUCCUCCAGUUCCUCAUCACCCCCUGCUCACCCCCGAAGCCGCUCAGAUCCUGGGCCUCCAGCUCCUCGCCUUCCCCAGAAACAGCGGCCCCCUUGGUGUCCCCGCACUCCCCAUAGAGCACCUGGGCCCUGGGCCCCACCAGAACCCCUAUUGCUCUACAGGGCAUCCCCACCAGCCUAUGGGAGGGGGAGUGUGCAUCACCGGGGGUCUUUGUAUAGGAAUGGGGGUCAAGGAGGGGAGGGGGCUGGUCCCCCACCCCCCUACCCCACUCCCAGCUGGUCCCUUCACUCUGAAGGCCAGACCCGAAGCUACUGCUGA